UGCCUCGGGGACUAUUUAUUUGUAAUGAGCCAGUUACUUUGGGUGCGCAAUACUUUUAGAUUAUCACUCACAACGACUUUGGACCUGCGCUGUUCAAAACACUUGACGAAUAUAUGUGUUUGUGUUAUUAUCUGACCAGAAAAAUAAAACUGCUCACGCGUCGAUUUGUUUGACCAAUCAAAAUAUUCAAUUGUUCGAUAACGAUUUAGGAUUGGUGGAUAUUUCUUCUUGUUGAAGUAGUCAUUGGAUACUUCUACAAAGCGACGACAGAGGGAGACAAAAAGGCGCCAAAAAUGUCCGCCAUCGCCGCCAUAUUGGUUUAUUCCUUUCCCGGCCGGCUACUGGAAAACGUGUGUGGUAAACAAUGAAAUCAUUUAUGAAUCUCAGAUUGUUUUUCAACGAUUUUCGUGAUUUUCACAUCCAGAAAGGAUGCUGGAAGCAAGCGCAUGCUCGUCCAGCAGUGAGCGUCGGUGACGACGUCGAAGAUGACGAGGAGGAGGACGAGGGUGGUUUUGAAAAUGUACUCAUCGGCUGGCAGUCGUCCGUUGAAGGUAGUUGUUUGCGGUGUCUCAGGUGGUGCGCUCUCACACUCCCAUAGCCGUCAUUCGUGGUGGGGACAAGAGAAAUUUUCUAUGGAGAAGAUUCAGCUUCUAUCGUUCUCCAUCUCCCGCCACAUCACAGUUGCUUUACGUAAGCCUUCAUGCACCACUCGAAAACAAUAGAUCGAUUCCAAAGGCCUUGCUGUAUUAUGGGUCUUCAAAGUUGGAUCAUUAUUGGAGUUAUAAUUGGAUUAUUUGUCAACAAUGCUUUUGCUGGAAGUUGUAAGGAAGCUUCGCUUUGCUGUACUGGACGAGAUUCCGCGUGUGUCGUGCAGAAAACAUCGCCGAAUGCCAUUAUACAAACUUUGUCUGAUAAACCGUGUUAUUGUGACCACGCGUGUCUGAAACUUGGAGACUGCUGUCAUGACUUCAAGGAUGCUUGUGGAGUUCUAGAUUGCAUUGUGUCUGGUUGGGGUCCAUGGUCGAGUUGUGACAGUGAGUGUGGACCUGGUUCACAGUCGAGGUCGAGGAUGGUGGUGAGAAAUGCAGAAAAUGGAGGAAAACACUGUCCACAGCUAAUGCAGCAUCGAGGCUGUCAAGGAACUAAGUGCCAUACACGUAAUCCAAAGUCUGCUUUGAAAGAAGUCGCUUUAUUACUGCCAGCUGAAUUAAGUGAAGUUCGACACAUCAAUGACACAAAUGAUAUUCGAACGAAUCUUCGACUUCAGUACAGAGAAAGUCCCGAGUUCGACGUUUCUAAAGAAUACUGUGUGACGUUUACAGUAACGAAGGCAUCGAAAGCGUGUUACAAUGAUGCGAAUCUCUCAGAUUUUGCCGAAGGUUCUCGAGUAUGUGUUCGAUGUCAAACACAAGCCUUAAGACGAGUUCUUGAUUGGCGAUGUGAAGGUGACGGAGGUAUUGAAGCAAUGAUCACAAGGUGGAGUGUUCUCUCAUCUCCACAUUGUCACGGGAAAUGGUUGAGAACUGAAAAGACAGGUCCAGAAUGUGAAACCUCCCUCUGCAAGCCCGAACCUCACUUUAUUUUUGUUUGAAAACCUUCAAAAAAAAAAAAAAAGUCCCAUCCAAAACUCCAAAGUCCUCCUCCAAGUAAGAAUUUUUCAUUUUACUAUUAUUAUUAUUUUUCUUUUUUAAUAAUGAAAUCAAAAUUUUUGUAUUUAUUUUACGCCGCACUUUAUCAACUUUUAAAGCAAUCACUUCAAUUAAUCAAUUUCCAUUGAGAUGAUUGAAUUUACUAUAUAUUCAAACCGUUAUAAUUGAUUUUCAGUCGAGGUGAUUGAUUUAAAUUUAAAAGAUAAAAAAAAGGCGGAUUUUUUAAUCUCAAUAUAUUGUUAAAUUCAAGUUUUGAAAAUUUGAUAAUAUUUUAAUCAAAGUUUAAAAGAAAUUAAAGAAUAUAAAUUUUGUUGAAAAUUCGAUUUUUAGUCAUUUGAAGAAAAUUAUUAGGUUAAAAAAUUCGAUUUUUUUACCAUAUUUUUUAAAAGAAUUAAAUUCUUAUAAAAAAAUGAUGUUUAAUAAUAAUAAUUAAGGAAUAAUCAUCGCUAUGUAAAAUAUAUAAAAAAAAAUCCAAUAAGUAUAAACUUAUUUGUAAGUUAGAUUAUAAAUUGAAUCCACAUAUCAGAGAUCAUAUUUUCUAGAGUUUAAGCAAUA